AUGUCAUUCGUCCCAGUCCAGUCACAGGGCGGCUUAGCCUACUUAGCACUAGCACUUCCCCGGACCUUACUACGGUAUGUAUGUAUGUAGGUAUACGACUCGGGAGAUCGGAAUUCUUGAUGGGGAUAAGCAAUUCGGUGUCUUGUCUUGCCUUGCCUUCUUUUUCUCCUACUGCUCCGUACGAGUAGCCCGUGCUGCUUGUGCGGAUUAUGAGCGAGAGAGCGGUAGGUAG